AAGGGAUGUUCUCUUGGCUGGACUGUGGCUACCACUGGCUGCUGCACAUGCUACGGGCCUUAGCCAUGAUGCCACUGCUGCAGAAGGAACCAGUGAUCGACGGUGGAAUUGUUGGUUCACGCCCAUGGGAAAUAAUGUCAGCAAUGCCCCGUUCAUACACCGCCGAAUCAAACGCUGGGCUUAAACUUCGAGACGCAGGACUUAUGUACCCUACGCUUUGCCACAAACCGAGUCGUAUCCGAUUUACCUCCGCCAGACGGAGACCUAUCCAAUCAUUACCGAGACGUAUUCGAGACAGGCAGAGGUCUAUCCCAGACCAAUGGUAUCCGAGCACGACAGAAGCGCACUCCUGGCAAGAUCUGAACCUAACGAGCCAUCAUCAUCCUUCGUCCUGGCCGUCAACAGCAAGGACUUUGACUAUGGCAACCAAAGGAGGGGCUACGCGGACUACUAGAAUCUAGAUAAAUCUCGUUGUUUAUAGGUUUAAGGAUAUACGCGUCCGUUUU